AUGACGUUGGCGGUAGUUUUAUCCGCUUCUUUGCUACUCUCUGUAUGCAUUAAUGCUCAAGUUCCUAUUCCAGGAGAACCUCCAGGAUUUACAAUUGGUAGAGGCAGUGGAAAAGCCAGAGUACAAUUGGAGACAUAUAUUGAUUUGCUCUGCCCGUACAGCAAGGCUGCGUAUAAUGGGGUGAAGGCGUUAGCAGAUCACUACGAGUCUGGGGAAUUUCGUGUCAAGGUGGUGAUAUUCCCCCUACCGUUUCACCAAUACGGUUUCACUGUAGCAGAAUCGGUCUAUACGAUAACAUCGGCACUUGGUGACGAUUACUUUACGCCGUGGCUAGAGGUUCUGUACGAAAACCAAGAACGGUUCUGGAACAAGGCAACUGUGAAAUUGAGUGCAAUGCAAGUGACGAAUCAGCUGAGAGAUUUGGCAAAUAAGACGUUUCCAAGCCUCACUAGCAAGAAAUGGGAGGAAGGAAUGACGGGUUACGGGGGUACUGAAGCGGAUCAGCACACUCGCAUUACAUGGAAAUAUGCAUGUACCCGCACAGUUACGGGUACGCCUCAGUACAUCUUGAAUGGCGUGCCAUUUGACGAAGCUGAUUCGGCCUGGAAACUUGAGGACUGGCUUAAGGUCAUUGACCCGCUGGUCAAGGCUAACAGAUUGAAGGAUGGACUUGUCGUGGCUAAGAUAAUUUGA